AUGUCUAACAUUUACGAAAUCAUCGAUAGCCUUGAUCUCAAAGAAGAAGCUAAUAAACUACAAAUUUAUCUAAUUAAAAAUCCAAAAGAAGAAGAAAAGUUGUUAUUAGCUCUUAAAAGUACCUAUAAAACGAAAGAAGAUAAACGAAGUCUUAUGAAAGAUUUCCUUAAUACUAUAACUGAUGAACAUCAAGCACGAACAAAAAUUAAAAUUAUGGAUGAAUUUCCCAACGGCUUACAAUUUAUACAACCGAAACCGUUACUUUGUUGUACUGGCUCAGAAUGGACCUAUCAACCAGCAAAAACAUUAUAUGAAGAGUUGCGAUAUGAACUCAAAGAACAUUAUCAAAAUUUUCUUCAGGAAAAUUUCGAUAAAACAUAUAUCCGAUAUACCUAUUCCUUUCCGGAAUUUCAUAGAACAGCAAUUGCAUGCCUUUCGGAAGAUGAGGAUCUUAAUCUGAGAAAGAAUAUUGAGAAUGCUUUUGUAUUCAGCAACAGAGCGCGUACAGAUCGAAUGCUUAAACAACUACUUCCCGAUCAAGAUUUAGAUCUGAUCAUUUCUAAUUAUGAAGCACCGUUAACAUGGGAGGUUUUUGAAUUGGUGUCUAAUACGAAAAUCAAUGACAAGACAUCUGAAUUCUUUAAAACUUUGACGAAUAUACAUGACCUUGCCUUACGAGGUACUUUUGUGAUACCAUUAUGUACUGCAACAGUCUCUGAUCCAGUUGAAAGUGUAUUGAAAAUCACACAUCGUAAACAUGAUCAUAUCAUUAAAAUGCUGGUAAAUGACUGUGGUGGACAUGGGAGGGCCCUCGAAGUUUUACAGGAAAUCUUAAAAGACCGUGAUAUUCAAAAUGUAAACAUCAACGAUGUGAUGAAUGAUUUGCGCAUCAGGCUUCGCGACCGGUACUGUGAGGCACUUAUGUUAUCACCUAGUGAAGCUAGGACUAUUGCACGAGCAACACUUACUCGGCAUCUCUUGAAAUUUAAUAAGCAUGUUCCUGGCACAAAAAAUGUGGGAUAUUUCGAUUUACCUUACAUAUGGAUUUGGAUCUUGACUAAUUCUUCAGAUGGCAAGGAUCCAGUACUUAGAGACAGGUCUAACGAAAAUCCGACAUGUCCGCCAGGAUCACAGUUCUGGCAACACUUUGAACAUUUCGUUGCUUCUUUUCGCACACUAAAAUCAAGAAAUCUAAAUGAUGGCGAAUUAACAUCAAUCUCAAGCAUUCACAUUGGAGCGCGUUUGAAUGGUGAUUUUGAAUUUAAAAAUCAUCAUUUGGAGUUAGAAUGCGCAGUACAUCAAGAAGAAACAAAUUCAUCAAACUAUGGAAAGGAUAAAAAGGAGAUUAUGUGUGAAGACAAGACACUAGAUGUACGUGAAUGCAAGUAUUGUGUCAUUAAUGGUGCAUCUGCGCCAUAUGGUGAUACGUUACUUGGGCUAGAUGUUAAUUUAAAGUUAGGAAAACCGAACGAAGUCCAUCAAUACAAAAGAUGGAAAGUGAAUUCUCUCGUAAGAAACGCGUCCAAUUGGGACAAAUAUUUCGGUCCUUAUUCUGGUAGGGCACAUGCUUACGCUAAUGUAGGUCCUUUGAACAUUAAUAAGGCAAGUCGCAGAGAUCUCCUGUCGGUGUAUGGAAUUGGUGAAAUACAAUUAUGA